AAGUUAGGGUAGACCGCCGAAAGGCUGGCAUAGUGCCGCACUUGCCACCGGCAGAAGAACGGGACCAUAUCAAGAAGGAAUAUAUGGAGAAGAUGAGAGCAAAGAUACAAACACAUUGACAGAUAUUUGCCCAUAAAUUGAAGUGACGCCGACACACAAUUUAAAGAAAUGGACUACUCACUAUUAAAACUGUGUCAAAGCAAAGAGUGCAUGAAGAAAAUGAAUGUAUGGCACAUUGUGGCGGUGUCAACGGUAGUAGCCUUGCUGGCCGUAGUUGUGGUGAAGGUCUAUCCCAGCUACCCAAGUGGAAAAGUGGGUGUGCUCUUCUAUUACUCAACUAGUGUGCAUGAAGAUAGGAAGGAGUUUCGAGCAACGGAAGAAGGCAUUGCAUUAUUGCCCGUCGGUCCUCACACACCCAUCUUCAUUGUAAUCCACGGCUACACUGAGUCUUCCAUCAGGCCUUGGGUAGUUUCUCUCACUAAUGCUCUGUUGGCUCAUGACACGAAGAGUGUUGUCAUUCUAGUGGACUACUGGGACCUGCUGACCAUAUCUCGCCCGUACAUGAUGAUUAACGUCAGAAACAUCGCAAAUAUUACAGCAAGCAUGAUUGAUUUGCUUGUUGUGGAAAAAGGUGUAAAGCUGACCAACAUUCAUGUGAUGGGCUUCAGUUUGGGUGGAAGAAUUGGUGGACUUGUUGGAGAUAGAAUACAAACAGGUACCAUUGGGAGAAUCACUGGUAUAGAUGCAUCAUAUCCUUGGCUACCACCUAAGACCAAGGAUGAGUUUUUAGAUGCUGGCGAUGCAUCUCUCGUGGUCAACAUUCGAACUUCCUUCAUCGGAUCAUAUUCUCCUCCGGGUCACAUUGAUUUUUAUGCCAAUGGAGGACUUUCCCAGCCAGGAUGUGAUGAUUGGUUUCUCCCUAACCAAGCUCAUCAAGUCUGCAAUCAUUACCGCUCGGUUGCCCUUAUGAUAGAGGCCGUGAAGCACGCAGAUGACACGGUGUUCCCUGCUUGUGGCUGUCCUGAUUGGGAGAGCUUUAAAAACCACACCUGUGACUGUCAGACUGUUAAUAAUUUUGGCUUGUAUCCAAAUACCAGUGCCCUGGGUAAAUUCUAUUUUUCUACAAAUUCAGAGCCUCCAUAUUCAAGACCACUUUAAAAUUAUGUUCAAUUUUAAUGUAGGCUGUAUAGUAUUCUCUUUUUAUUUAUGAAUCGGCUACUGUCAUAUUAAAAUAAUUGAGUGAAAAAACUGUCAUAUAUGUUCCCAGCAUUCACAGGAAGGCAUCACCUGUGAAUGAUUUGACUUAAUACAUUUUAUGAUGAUAGAAAAUCUAUAAAAAAAAACACAGUAAUGAAAUAAUUCUCUAUGUUGGCUUGCUUACUAAUUCAGAAAUGUCAAGUACUGAAUAUGAAUACCAAGUACUGAAUAUGAAUACCACAAUCGAUUUGAUAAUGGUCCAGUCAGACUGAAACGUCAUCGUCAUAUCAUCUUCUAGUGUGUGGUUUGGUCAACAUGAAUACCAAGGGCCGAUAUAACGUAAACAAUUGUGAGAUUGUAUAUUUUAUAUGUACUGUGCUGUAAUACUUGGUGGUUUUGAACUUUUAAAUAUACUGUAAAUAGAAGACCUCCGCGGGCAAUCAUAGUGGAACACGUGUUGAUAAAAUUCUGUACAGUACAUUGAGAAGUAUAUUAGUCAAAUGUGUGAACACCGAGAAGCUGGACAAUACCCUCAACUAUAUAUAUCCAACACUAUAUUGGAGAUGGCAAGGCUUUGCUUUCUCCUCUGUUCUCAUUUUGUUCUCACUAGACAUCAAGACGGUUCUUGUACUCCCUAUGCUCUUCCCCGUAUCUUGUCUUGCAAUCGACGUCAUGCCCCACCAUUUAUGAACUAGUGAUAAUGUCAUUUCUCUUCUAUCAACAUGUUCCUUGCAAGAAGUAGACCUCAGCUCACCACAAUCACCCAAGGAAAAUUGAAAUUCAGAGCAAUGUUGCUAGUAAUUAAAAUUAAUUAAUUAGUAGUUGGCUUAAAUCAGUAAUUGAGUACUUAGUAACUGAGUAUAAAUUAGUAGUUGAGUACAAAUUCAUAAUUGAGUACUUGUGAUUUGUUUGUGUAUGGAACAUGAAGGAUUUACUAGUAUUUUAUGUUUAAUUUUAAUUGAUUUAAUUUUUGUUUCAUACUAUAGGUUCAUUUCUAUACAGAAUUACUAGUUUCCAGCAGUGUUUUUGUAAUGUUAGCAAUGAGGAAAGUAGCACAAUUAUACCUUAUCUAGAUGAAUCUACUAUAUUUUCUCUAAUGUAGUGUAGUGAGAAAGCAGAUUUCUCAAUAGUUCUGGUGAGUUCAGCAGUAGAGGGCAUUAGAAUUCUAAACAGGGACAUUAGUAUUGCUAUUUUUUGUAAUAAUUUGCAGUAAAUUUAGAAUCUGGAGUCAAGAAUUUGAUUCUUAGCACAAAUGCUGCCAUUUGUUAUCAAGUGAUAUAACAUUCCCUCGUACUAAAAUCUUUUAGUGUUUUAAAUAUUAUUUUGCUUUUCGGCUUAACCUUGCUAUACAACUCCUUGAGAUUACAAGCAAAAUGCUGUCACUGUAGCUGUGUCUUUUAGGCUGUCUGUUAACCUUUUAAUGAUGCUUCUUAUUCUUAAAUCAUACAUAAACACCACUUGUAUCUCUUCUUUCAAAAUAUCUGAUUGGUGUAUGUGUUUGUGUAUUGGCAAGUAAACUGCAGAAAUUAUAUACGGGUUAUGUUAGAAAGAUUUGACAUGACCACUGUCUCCACCACCGUUCCUGCGCACAUGGGGUGGAGAUACUCUCCCGGAAAGAAUGGAAUAUACACAAAUAGUGGGAAAGAAGGACCUCCGAUAUUCAGUGAGAUGCCAGUUCUUUUGUGAUACAAACUUGAUUAUGUGUAAUAUACUGGGUAAUAUAAUUAUAUAUCAAGAGUAAAUAAAA